CUUAGUUUCCAUUCCGUUUCCAUGAAUAGACGUCGGUUGUUGACGAGCUUUUUUUAGUUCCUAUCACGUAAGCACGAAAGCUCAGUGUGCGGUCGGCACAAUAAAACCGGAUUAUUGCAGUUUUCUGUUUCGUAUUCGGUUCCUUGUUUAUAAGACCGCUUCCGUCGAGGCUAUCAACGCUAAUUUAGGAUUACUUCCUGCCAAAUCCAAGAAUAUAUCUUCCACUGUGUUCUUUUUUUAAAUACAAUCUUAAUUUGUAUUUGGUGUUAAUUAUUUAUAUUUUUUCUUUAUAUUAUGUUUUGUGUUUCGUGAAGUGUUACAUUAAAAGUUUCGAAGAUGAACAUUUUGUUUUUUGUUGGAUUUAAUCUACAUGAAAUUAUGAUACGCUAACACCGCCUGUUCUGAUCCUCCUCAUCGGGCGCGAGGGUCUAUGGCCAGACCACCAGACUUCCAUCGCACCACUGAGGAGCCAGGCGUCGAAGGCGAAAGCAUGUGGUCCAUGGACGCCACUGCAGGGGGCGCUGAGUGCGAUUGCGCUGGCCCUCCACCUCCCCAGUUUAUGCUACCACCACCGCCGCGGCCCCCUUUUCUUCAAUCUGCCGACCCCACAUAUUGUACUGAAGAUCCGCUACCAAUUGAAACUUGCGAUGCAUUACCGCUGAUAGAUGCCAGUUACCGUAGCAGUCCUUCCUUCCAGACCUCGGCUGUGAUAGUGCUGUGUUCCGUGUUGCUCGGACUCGCUGUCUUCAUAGGAAUUAUACUAGUUUGGAAACAUAAGAGAAAAGUACAAAACUUCCUACCGUGCAAGAAUUCGCCGCAAACUAAUAGGGAUGGACCCACCACAGCUGGAGUUAUCUACGAAGAUCUGCACGAAAUAAUGCCAAGACCGACGCCGCAACAUCACGCGGGCGUCGCUCACGUCGUAGCCUCGUCCAUCGAGAUGAAUGACGUAAAAAAUAACAUUCACUACCCCAGUGGUUAUCCAAUAUCUCAACAUCCGCCGGUUUUCUUGUGUUCAUCGCCCGGACCAGAUCCAUACUCAUCGCAAGAUUUGUACAAUCCCGUUUAUGAAGAAUUAAGUGACGCAGAAAGUGAAUUACCUCACGCCGGACACAGUGAAGAUGAAUUUGCGGAAGAUGAAUUGAGUUUAGCAGGUGAAGCUGAAAGACGGUUAAAUCUCCCUCCACCUGUUUACCGAACGGAACAUCCGCGUAGAGACGGACAAAGAUAUCGAAGACCACAAGAACCGUUACCACCUUUACCAGGAAAUAAAAGACAUCGAAGUUUGGAUAGGAGAAGACAAGAAUUUCACGAGGGAAUGUUUUUGGACGCUUUGUUGCAAUUGUAUCCUCGAGUUGGUAGUGUUGGCCCACCCACUAGAAGACAAAUACCGAGUAUAACGCAAAGGUUGCAGUGCAUAUCUCCAUCUCCGGGUCCGUAUGAAACCGUUCCAGUUUUCGGGCAUUUGGCCACGUUUCGGCCGGUUCCGAAACCGUAUUCGCAGGAUUCAGCGUUUGGAUCCGAUUCUGGAUAUAGUAACCAUACUAGUGGAACCAGGGGGUCUGGGAGAGGUCGUCGAGAUCCAAGGAGGUUGUCGCAGUUGAGUGCAGAUUUGGCACUUACGUGAAACAGGAAUCGAUUUGAUAUGAAGGACUUGAAUUUGUGAUACAAAAACACGUAAAAAAGCUAUUAAUCGUAUCAUUUUGACUUACUAUAUUCUUUUAAAAAGAUAUAAAGACGUUUUAUGGAGGUUUAACAAUCACUUUUGCACCCGUAUAUCAACGUGAAAUCAUGUAAAUAGUAUAGAGAUUAGGUUAUUUGUUUUAAUAUAAUAUACAAACUGAUUUUAUUUUUUUUAUGUUUAAAACAUCAUCCAUUAAAAGUUUUAAAGUCAAUUGAAUGAGAUUGUCCAAAAUGAAAAUCUUUUUGUAUAUUACAAAAUAAAUCUUCUGUAACCGAUAACACCUCUAUCUCACGUUACAAUUUUUGCAAGUAAUUCGCAAUAACAUUCCACAUUGUCGAGUUUAUGAAGUAUAUAUCGCUUCUUUUUUGUAUAUAAUUUCGUCAACCAAAGUUCUUUCUUGUAUCCGCUCGACGAAAAUGUAAAUUUUGUUAAUACCUUCCUCUUAUUUAUUUUUGUACAUAAAUUUAGUAUAUAAGUAAUCGUUCCAAACACUGUCUAUUGUUGAGACGCGAUCAUAUUUUUCUAUCUCUCAUCUAUUAUAUCACGUACUUAAUUAAAAAAUAAGAAAUUAUAAAAAAGAAUUAGAUCUAUAUCGUAAAUAAACUACUUACUUGUAGUGGGUAGGGUAACAAGUUUUUUAUAAUAAAGUAAUUUAAAUUUAUACUACGUUAUGGAAAACUUUUAAAUUUCGAAAGAGACACACUUUUACACUGAGAGAGAUAGAUCUAAACUUGAUAAUUAAUAAUAAUAAUUAAUACUGUAUCCCAUUUUAGAAAGAGGAGAAAAUCACCUGGCUAAUAAAAUAUGAUUAGAGUGCAAAAAAAUAUCCUCAUAGUGGUAGUUUUGGUUAGACAAAUUUCGAAAGAGUUUUACAGGGUAUUAAUUUCAGUUUCAUAAUAAAAAUGAAAAAUAAUAAUAAUAAACCGAAAGAAAAAAAGUGAGUUACACCGAAAACAGACGACAUCGUAUAGUCAGUGUUUGUCCGUACUAGUCCAAUUUAAUUAAAAAAAAUUAAACUAUUACUUCGAAUUUGCGUGUGAGGCGCACGUGCCGCAAUUACUUAUUUGUAAAUAAAUAUUUUCGUGCGUGUCGCAUUUUUGACACUUGCGCUCACUCGCAAAUGUACAUACGAAAAUAUUUUGUUAUUGUUUUAUUUUAAUAACGAAAAUCGAAUAUUUAAUUUAUAAAUA